AUGGGCACCGGUGGGCGGAGUGGGCUUCGGCCUGGCAGAGGGAACGCCGAAGGGGUGACAGCGGGAAAGGGGAAGACGGAUGAGGCGCCAGUGACUUCGACCACUGCUGCCUCGGCCUCCUGCCAAUACAGGUGCAUCGAAUGCAACCAAGAGGCCAAGGAGUUGUACCGAGACUAUAACCAUGGCGUGCUGAAGAUAACCAUCUGUAAAUCCUGCCAGAAACCCGUAGACAAAUACAUCGAGUAUGAUCCUGUAAUCAUCUUGAUUAAUGCUAUUUUAUGCAAAGCCCAGGCCUACAGGCAUAUUCUUUUCAAUACCAAAAUAAACAUGCACGGAAAGCUCUGCGUAUUUUGUCUGCUUUGUGAAGCAUACCUGAGGUGGUGGCAGCUCCAAGACUCCAGCCGAAGCAUUGAUCCUGACGACUUUAUCAGAUACGCUAAGGAGUGGGAUUUCUACAGAAUGUUUGUGAUUGCCUCUCUAGAACAGACUGCCUAUUUUAUUGGCAUUUUCACUUUCCUGUGGAUAGAACGACCCAUAAAAGUGAAAGAAAAACUCAACUUCACUUUGCUGCUGAAGGCAUUAUUGUUAUCUAGCUACGGAAAACUCUUGCUGAUCCCAGCUGUGAUUUGGGAACAUGAUUACACACCCCUGUGCCUCAGACUCAUCAAAGUGUUUGUCCUUACGUCAAACUUUCAGGCAAUCAGAGUGACCCUAAACAUCAACCGUAAGCUCACCUUCUUGGCCAUCUUGAGUGGCUUACUGGUGGAGAGCACCAUGGUCUAUUUCUUCCAGAGGAUGGAGUGGGCUGUUGGAAGUGACUGUGCCAUCUAUAAAUCUCAAGACUUUUGA